CUAUUCAUUUCUGUCAGUCCCCUAUAAUUCUUGACAUUUCAUGACUUUUUUUAGCCAUAGUCGUCAUUUUUUCACGAAGAUCAAAAAUUAAAACAGGUCAAUCAAUUCAAGAUGAAAAUAGAAAGAACAACCUGAACCAACCGCAUAUACUUAAAAAUUGAACUAAACCAUACUAAAAAUGGCAAGUAGUCUACCCCAAAGCAAUAACGAAGAAUACAGUGGAGACCUGACAGUAAACGAAGAAGUAGAUCCUAUAUUCAGCAUGGAACAUAAGAAUACGGAAAUCCACCAUACAGAUUUUGCAAUGCACAUGAGGAAGCCUGACCAUAUGAAAGAAUACGAUUUGAACCAUCCUGAUAUAAUUUUCGCAAUUAAUCUGGGAAUCCAAAUGCAAGGCAUAAACGACGUAAUUGGAACAAUCAAACCUAAAUUGAGGGCUGAUUUGCAGUGUUUAGUUAGCGAAGCUUGCAUCAAAGCUUUAGACAAAAAACAAGUCACAUUUUGCUUGGAUAAUAACGAAAAAUAAUCUUCGCUUAUGUCUCAAUAAAAUUUUGAAGUAUUUAAAA